AUGGCUAAUGGGAAAACAGAAUCAACUGGGGAAAUCUACUUAGGAUGUACCCUAACCUUAAAUCACCACGCAUUUCAAAUAAACUUGAUGCUUGUAACUAUUAGGAGUUUUGAUGUGAUUAUCGGCAUGGAUUGGUUAAGCCCCCAUCAUGCCGAAAUUAUGUGUCACGAGAAGGCCGUUCGCCUUCAUCUCCCUAACCAUGAAACCCUAAUUAUAUACGGAGCCAAACCCAGCACGAACCUUCGUCUUAUAUCAUGUAUUAAGGCACAUAAGUGUCUACAAAAGAAGGACUUUGCGUUUCUGGCUCACAUCGUGGAUAAAUCCAAGGAAGAGAUAAAUAUUCGAUACAUACCAGUGGCUUGCGAUUUCCCUGACAUCUUUCCUGAAGAUCUUCCGGGGAUACCCCCAGAAAGCAACUCGAGUUCCGAAUCGACCUUGUGA